ACGAUUAACUCGUCAGAGAGAGAGAAAAGAGAGAGAGAGAGAGAGAGAGAGAGAGAUCGCGGAACCAUUAGAAAGGGCUUGAAGACAAGAUCACACCUUGAUCUGAAAAUGGAAGAAAACUGGGCAUUCGAACCACGAAUAUGAUCAAAGUGAAGCUGAUCCCAUUUCAAACCAAGACACGACGCAGGUAUCCAGAUUAUUAAUACAAACGCAAACACCGAACCUUACCCAAAAAAAAAAUGAGUUCAUUCAUCAGAUGUUUUUCACUGAAGAGAACAAAGCAUCCUCCUGGGUACGAGGACCUUGAUGUUCUUGCAUCCCAAACGCCCUUUACUGUGAACGAGAUAGAGGCUUUGGACGAUCUGUUCAAGAAGCUCAGCAGCUCCAUUAUCGACGACGGACUCAUCCACAAAGAGGAAUUUCAACUUGCUUUGUUCAAGAACAGCAGCAAGCAGAAUCUGUUUGCGGACAGGCUGUUUGAUAUGUUCGAUAGGAAGCGUAAUGGUGUAAUUGAGUUUGGUGAAUUUGUUCGUUCGCUGAGCAUAUUCCAUCCCGACACUCCUCAUCAUGAAAAAUCCUCGUUUGUGUUUAGGCUUUACGACCUUCAUGGAACUGGAUUCAUCGAGCGCCAUGAGUUGAAGAAGAUGGUGGAGGCGCUUCUAAGUGAAACGGCCUUAGAGCUAUCCCAAGAAUUGAUCGAAGCCAUAGUGGAACAGACGAUGGUCGAGGUUGACACUAACAAAGACGGGAAGAUUGAUGAAGAUGAAUGGAAGAUACUCGUUUCCAACACCCCCUCCAUCCUCAGAAACAUGACUCUUCCCUACUUAAAGGAAGUGACUCUAGCUUUCCCGAGCUUUAUUCUUGCGUCUAAAGUUAAUGACGUCGAACCUGCUGGUUGAGAUCAAGUGUUCCUUGUUUUCCUUCUUAUUUUAUGACGAGGUACAAUAAUUAAUAUCUAAGAUGUAAUGAUAUGUAAUUGUACGCCAUAUGAAGAAUUCCUCGCUUUUGAAAAAUAAAUUGUCAAAAGAUAUAUACUAAAUAUCAAAUCCGAGGUCCAAUGGAGGACUACGUUUAAUGAUA